CUGAAAUCGCGGGAGGAGCCAGCCGGGACCGCGCCUUUAGGUUAUAUAUGAAGACAAUUGGCAAGCUAUGAAGAAAACUUUCCAGAAGAACAAUAAUUUCAAAGUUCCUGAUACGGAAUUGAAUGCUGAGGAUGCUGAAAGGGGAAUAAAAGAGAGUCAAAGUAACUUUGUUGAACUGCUGCCCCUGGAAGUCACUUCUAAAAUUUUCAGCCUGCUAGACAUUCAGAGUCUAUGCAGAGCUUCCAGGAUUUGCACAAGUUGGAAUUGUGCAAUAAGAAACAAUGACUCCUUAUGGAAACCCCACUGCUUGGCCUUAAGAGCUGUGUGCCAAAAAGAAAUAGAUGAGGAUAUAGACAGUGGUUAUACCUGGAGGGUAAUACUCCUAAGAAAUUACCAGAAGAGCAGAGUGAAGCAUGAGUGGCUAAGUGGCAGAUACAGCAACAUUCGCUCUCCCGUUAGCCUGCCCGAGCAGGCCAUGUGCCCCAUGGACGCAGAUACCUGGGGGGAAAUUCUAGAUGCAGAACUGGAAAGAGAAGCUGAAAAAUUGCAAUAGUUUGAUGGCACGUGAUCAAAAUCACUCAGACUCCAGGAAAUGUUUGGAAAACUGAUAAUGUCCUUCUCAGCCUUUUAAAUAUUUAACAUUUAAAAGGAAACAAAGUUGAACAUGAAGCUUUAUUUGUAUUUUGCACUUUAGUUAAAAAAAAAACUUCUGGUCUUAUACUACAGGGAAAUCAUGAAAUGUUAUUU